CACGGCCAAGCGGCUUUAUUUCUACACGUAUGUAUGCACAAUAUUCAUACCACCACCACCAGAAGAAGAAGAAGAAAUGGCACUAUCAACAGCAUUUCUGGUGCGCCUUCUCCUGAUAAUCACGAUAACUACGACCAUCUUCUUUGCCACUGGGUUUGUUGUAAGUUAUACUUACAAUAAAGAUAAAUUGUGCAUUCGUGCUGGAUCAGACGGCAGCCAGCUUCUCAACUACGCUUGGAACGAGACGAGAUUGCCUGGUGCGAACGUGCAGGAUCAUGUCCUGGCUUACGUGGUGGAUAGGAUGAACAAUCUGCCCCGUCACUUCGUGGAUCUAUGCACUAUACAGACUUUCGACGGCACUGGCUUCUACCUCUUCGUGGGUUGCACGGCCGGCCUCCCGUCCGAGGAGUGCCAGGAUUGCGUGGGGAAGGCGACCGCCGUCAUACGCGACAAGUGCCCCGACGGGGUUGGGGCUCAGGCCGUGGCACCGAAAUGUUGUGUUCGGUACGAGACGUACAAGUUUUGCGAGCUUUAAUUUUGAGGGUGGUUUUCGAGCCCUAGCUACAUAUGGUGGGUCUGUGUUUUGAGGGAGAGGAUUAGUGUACCUUGAUUGCAAUAAAUUUUUGCACUUUCA